AUGGCCACUACUGCACCAGCCCAGGCCGGAGGAGGCUCUGGCAAUGCUACUUUCAAGGACAAGGAGAAGCCCGUCGCCGUCCGCUCCUCCAACAUCGUUGCUGCUAGAGCCGUCGCCGAUGCGAUCCGAACCUCUCUGGGCCCCCGCGGCAUGGACAAGAUGAUUCGAAGUGGAAAGGGCGAGACGAUCAUUACCAACGACGGCAACACAAUGUUGAAGAGCAUGUCUGUCAUGCAUCCGACAGCAAAGAUGUUGGUCAACCUUUCGGCGGCACAGGACGUGGAGGCGGGAGACGGCACAACAUCUGUGGUUGUCAUUUGCGGCAGCUUGCUCGGUGCCGCCGACAGACUGCUGUCAAAAGGAAUCCACCCCUCCGUCAUCUCAGAGGCUUUCCAGAGAGCUGCUGCCGCAGCUGUCGAGGUUCUCCACGACAUGUCACAACCCAUUUCCCUCACCGACACAGCAUCCCUGCUUCAGGCAGCCAACACAUCUCUUUCCUCCAAGAUUGUGUCGCAAUACUCCAACAUCCUCGGGCCCAUGGCUGUCAACUCCGUUGUCAAGACCAUCGACCUCAAGACGGCAGACAAUGUCGACCUAAAGAACAUCAGAAUUGUCAAGAAGGUUGGCGGAACUAUCGAGGACAGCGAGCUUUCGGAUGGCUUGAUCUUGACGCAGCCUGUUCUCAAGGGUGCUGGUGGUCCCGCAAGAAUCGAGAAGGCCAGAAUCGGUCUUAUUCAAUUCCAGCUUAGCCCUCCCAAGCCCGAUAUGGAAAACACCAUCCAAGUGAACGACUACAGACAGAUGGAUAAGAUCGUUAAGGAGGAGCGUCUUUACCUUCUCAACAUGGUCAAGAAGAUCAAGAAGGCCAAGUGCAACGUUCUCUUCAUCCAGAAGUCCAUUCUUCGCGAUGCUGUCAACGACCUGUCCCUGCACUUCCUCGCCAAGCUUGGCAUUCUUGCCGUGAAGGAUAUCGAGCGUGAUGAGAUCGAGUUCAUCUGCAAGUCUACCGGCUGCAAGCCCAUUGCUGAUGUCGACUCAUUUACAGAGGACAAGCUCGGAUCAGCCGAUCUCGUCGAGGAGGUUCAGUCCAACGGAGCUCGCAUGGUUAAGGUGACCGGCGCCAAGGCCACUGGCAAGACUGUCUCCGUCGUUGUUCGCGGCGCCAACUCUCUCAUUCUUGACGAGGCCGAGCGCAGUUUGCACGACGCCCACUGCGUUGUUCGUUGCUUGGUGAAGAAGAAGGCUUUGAUCGCCGGUGGUGGUGCUGCUGAGAUCGAGAUCGCGUCUCAGCUCUCCAAGCGCGCGCGUGAAUUGACGGGCACCGAGGCCAUUUGCUGGAAGGCAUUUGCCGACGCUCUGGAGGUUGUCCCCACCACUCUGGCCGAGAAUGCCGGACUUAACAGCAUCAAGGUCGUCACCGAGCUUCGUCAUAGACAUGAGCUCGGCGAGAAGAAUGCAGGUGUCAGUAUCAAGUCCGGCGGUGUCAACACCAACAUUUCCAAGGAGAACGUCCUCCAGCCUCUGUUGGUAAGCACCAGCGCCAUUGAGUUGGCAGCUGAGACGGUGAAGAUGAUUCUCAGAAUAGACGACAUCGCCCUUACCAGAUAA